AUGGCGUCUGGCGGCGGAGGAGAGUCGGAGAAACCAGUGGGAAUCGGAUCCGACCCGAAACCCGUGGGUUCCAAAUUAGGCGGAGUCGGGAGCAGGAGCGCCGGAGAAGGAUCCCAAUACGUGAGGGCGGAUACUCUGGAUUUCAGCAAAUGGGAUUUGCAUAUGGGUCAAAGCUCUACUAGUUCCCUCGUCAAGCCUCCCGAUUCCACCACUAGAGCUCCGAUGCAGGAAUGGGAGAUUGACCUCUCCAAACUCGAUAUGAAACACGUCCUCGCUCACGGCACCUACGGCACUGUCUACCGCGGUGUCUACGCCGGCCAAGAAGUCGCAGUGAAGGUGUUAGAUUGGGGAGAAGAUGGUCAGUCCACAGCAGCUGAAACCACUGCUCUGCGUACUUCCUUUGAGCAAGAGGUCGCCGUCUGGCAGAAGCUCGAUCAUCCCAAUGUUACAAAGUUUAUAGGAGCAUCCAUGGGAACCUCUGAUCUCAAGAUCCCUCCUGCUAGUGCUUCUGGCGGACGUGGUAACGGUGCACAUCCUGCGAGGGCCUGUUGUGUUGUUGUUGAAUAUGUCCCCGGAGGCACACUUAAGAAGUUCCUCAUCAGGAAAUAUAGGUCCAAACUACCUAUCAAGGAUGUCAUUCAGAUCGCUUUGGAUCUCGCUAGAGGGCUGAGUUACCUCCACUCCAAGGCGAUUGUACAUCGGGACGUAAAGACAGAGAACAUGUUGUUAGAAACUAACAAGACGCUGAAGAUUGCUGAUUUCGGAGUAGCUAGAGUCGAAGCUCAGAACCCUCAAGACAUGACUGGUGAAACUGGAACACUUGGAUACAUGGCACCAGAGGUUCUUGAAGGAAAGCCUUACAACAGGAAAUGCGAUGUCUAUAGCUUUGGUGUAUGCCUCUGGGAAAUCUACUGCUGCGACAUGCCCUUUGCUGACUGUAGUUUUGCUGAGAUCUCUCACGCCGUUGUUCAUAAGAAUCUGAGACCAGAGAUUCCGAAAUGCUGCCCGCAUUCGGUGGCUAACAUCAUGAAGAGAUGCUGGGACCCGAAUCCUGACAGGCGUCCGGAGAUGGAGGAGGUUGUGAAGCUACUUGAAGCCGUCGAUACAAGCAAAGGCGGAGGAAUGAUAGCUCCAGACCAGUUUCAGGGAUGCCUCUGUUUCUUCAGACCUCGUGGACCCUGA